GGUCAGUUAUCAGUUCUAAAGACGUAUUUUCUAUGCUGUCUGCUGUGUGAUAGACAGUUGAUCGGUGCGUGUAAUAACCCUGCUAGAAUUCAUUGAGGCCAGCAGGUCAAAUAAACGACUAAAAUGAACGAGUCACUCGGAAAAUAGAAUUAUGACUCAAGUCAGUAAAAAGAGUCGUUCAAAAAAGAACGAAUCGUUCGCGAGCUGCACAUCGCCACACAGUAGCCUAGCUACCUGUCAGUAACAUAUAGCACAUCAGAACAGCAGCAGACACUCGCAUCACAACAACACGGUCGUUGGCAGAGGAAUGGGGGGUAGCUAGGUAGUUAGAUUUCCGAGAAUAAGGAAAAGCUCACUACAAUCAAGAUGGUGUCGUGGAUUAUCUCCAGGAUGGUAGUCCUGGCCUUCGGGACCCUCUACCCGGCCUACUCCUCAUACAAGGCCGUCAAGACAAAGAAUGUGAAGGAAUAUGUGAAAUGGAUGAUGUACUGGAUAGUGUUUGCAUUAUUCACGACGGUGGAGACCCUCACAGACUUGUUCAUGUCCUGGUUUCCUUUCUACUUUGAGCUGAAGAUAGCCUUUGUGAUCUGGCUCCUGUCUCCGUACACUAAGGGCUCCAGUGUGCUCUACCGCAAGUUUGUCCACCCCACCCUGUCCAAUAAGGAGAAGGAGAUCGAUCAGUACAUCACCCAAGCUAAAGACCGUAGUUAUGAGACUAUGAUGAAGUUUGGAAAGAGAGGUCUGAACUUGGCUGCUACUGCUGCCGUCACCGCAGCUAGCAAGGGCCAGGGUGUGCUGUCGGACAAGCUGCGUAGUUUCAGCAUGCAGGACCUGACUCUGAUCAACGAUGGGGAGGAGAUGGGCCUGCACUCCUCUGACCCCCGCAUGAGGAGAGAUGCCUUGGAUGACAUGGCUACUGGAGCCAACACGCUGCCCCGCGCCAAGACCACACGCCAGACUCGUUCCUCAUCUGCGGCUCCUCAUCUUGACGAAUCAUCGCAACACAGCUCGGACCAAUCAGACACCAGGAGCAUCACCACAGAGCAUUCUGAUGAGGACAUUGUGGAGAAGGUCCCUGUGAAACGCACGCCCAGCGUCAAGGCAAACAAGAAACCCUCCACCGCCAAGACCGAGACUACGACUAAGACGGUGAAAAAGACACCAAAGAAGAAGACAACCACCACAGCUACAGCCAGCAACAACGCUGAGUCACCAUGAUAUCUGUAUCUACUGACCCCAUCUCCACCCUACUGCACACCACUACAACCAUGUAACAGGCCCUCUCUGUCUCCAGUCCCCCCCCCCCCCCACACACACACACACACACACACACACAGACCUCUGGAGUGUCACCCUCGCUGGUUAAGCGCAGCUCGCAGGUUUAGUUCUACUGUAGAUGGCCAGCAGGCUUAGUUCUAUUGUAGAUGGCCAGCGGGUUUAGUUCUAUUGUAGAUGGCCAGCGGGCUUAGUUCUACUGUAGAUGGCCAGCGGGCUUAGUUCUACUGUAGAUGGCCAGCGGGUUUAGUUCUACUGUAGAUGGCCAGCGGGUUUAGUUCUACUGUAGAUGGCCAGCGGGUUUAGUUCUACUGUAGAUGGCCAGCGGGUUUAGUUCUACUGUAGAUGGCCAGCGGGUUUAGUUCUACUGUAGAUGGCCAGCGGGUUUAGUUCUACUGUAGAUGGCCAGCGGGUUUAGUUCUACUGUUGAUGGCCAGCGGGUUUAGUUCUACUGUUGAUGGCCAGCGGGUUUAGUUCUACUGUUGAUGGCCAGAUUAAUGUCAACAACACUUGUUUUAUUUAGCCUGCUGCUUACAUUCUAGGUUUUAUAGUCAUUAACCUCAGUGUGUGUGUGUUUCAGUGAUGGCCUGUUGGCCUGAAAAAUAGUUGCUUCCUUCCUCCUGUACAGUUAAUAACCCUCUGUGUUGGGGCCCUCCCAGGCCAUCCAAGGCCCCACACUGGAUUGACUUGACAUAAUCCUCUUGGCCCCCUUGGGAGCAUAGGGCAUCUACCAUGGCUCUCCAUCUCCCUCACUAUGCUAGGGCAUCCAUCACGGCUCUCCAUCUCCCUCACUAUGCUAGAGCAUCUACCAUGGCUCUCCACCUCCCUCACUAUGCUAGGGCAUCCAUCACGGCUCUCCAUCUCCCUCACUAUGCUAGAGCAUCUACCAUGGCUCUCCAUCUCCCUCACUAUGCUAGGGCAUCCAUCACGGCUCUCCAUCUCCCUCACUAUGCUAGAGCAUCUACCAUGGCUCUCCAUCUCCCUCACUAUGCUAGAGCAUCCAUCACGGCUCUCCACCUCCCUCGCUAUGCUAGGGCAUCCAUCACGGCUCUCCACCUCCCUCGCUAUGCUAGGGCUUUGCUGCUUAACAGGAGAUCCCCACUAGUUUACUGGAGAUGCAUUCUCUAUGAACUUACAUUCCAGUCAGAGAAUGGUAACUCUAUUGGAGGGUAGCUGGGGGCUGCCAUGAAUGGAAAGGUAGACUAGUGGACUAGGCAUGUGUGAAGGAGAGAUAAGGGAGGGAAGAGAGUAGAGAGGGAUGGGCGCCAAAGGAUCAGUGUUGUUGUCCUGGCCUAACUGGCCUCUACUCAACAUGUCCUUACUACAGAGACUACAGUCUCACCAUUGGUUGUAGCAGUAGUUCACAGAGCAGGUCUCUGUCCUUUUUGGGCAGUCUGUCUGACUACAUAGACGGGGUCGUGUGAUCUCUGGAAGGCAGAGGACAUUCUGGGAGUACUUGUCUCUAACAGUGUUAAGCCGAUGCCAUGGUUACCCAUAUCAUUCACUCUACUGUAAUGGAACAGUAGACUGAUGAACACUUGGUCACGCUCCCACAGAGAGAUGAAGAGAUCUGUUUGUUCUUUCUCUCCUCUCCUCCCUCCCUCUGUUCUCUCUCUUUCUCUCCUCUCCCUCUGGACAGCUCUACCCUCUCACUCCGUUCAGCUCAGAACGGUCCCAGGGAAAGACACACAGCUUCAGGCAUCAUUACCUUUUCUGUUUGACUGUGUGUGUGUACGAUGUGCAUGUGUGUGUUUUUGGAACAUGACCAAGCUUCUGAUUUUCCCCUCUCUGUUUUCCCAACUGCAUAGAGACACAAUGACAGAGUUCUCUGACCACUUAUAACAUAACCAUCCACAAGGUCUUGCACUGCAGCUCAUAGCAUAGCUAAACAGUACAGACAACCAACAGUUAAUUUCACUUUGUUAGACUUGUGCUUAGGGUUAUUUUUGUUUACUCUAAAUUGACUGGCUUAUAGGAUGUAAGAGUGGCUUCGUGGUCACCAAGCUAAUGUUAAUGCUCUGUUGAUACCAGGCUACAUUAUGGAUCACCACUAUGGAUCCCUGUCUUGUUUCAAUGUGUUUAUAUUAUCAGAGCUGGCUGUGUCAGGGUGGUGUAGUGCCCUAUUAGGAAGACCUUCAGGUGAACCUGGCUUAGCUAAGUCUGGGUCUUACCUGGGUCAGGUCAUCCCAGUCUGACUAGGCACAUUUCUGAGGGAUCUACUCCUAUUGUAUAAUGUAUGACUGUCAAACUAGGAAUUGUAUAAUGUAUGACUGUCACUUCACAGUAUUUUGUCCAGUGUUUUCACUUCUAUUCCUGAAUGGGUUAGCUAUCCAUGAUUGACCUCUACUUCUGGGACCAUAUCCACAAAGCGUAUCGGAGUAGGAGUGCUGAUCUGGGAUCAGGAAACCACCUUUCCAUAGGAUCUUAUCAAUUAUGGUCUGAAAGGCCAAACUGAUCUGAGAUCAGCCCUUGACUCUGAGACGCUCUAUGUAUACAUGCCCAGAUCUGUGUUAUUCUAGGGUCUGGAUCAUAUCAUUGUUUCUCUGAACCAUAAGGAGAGCAGCUCUGCUAGCAUAUCCUCUUAAUGUGUCAUCUCUGACUGUAGCCUCCUCAAACAUGGUGAAAACUGUCUUACCCUAUUAGAUAGGAUGCUGUGGACAAUUACAUUACAUCUUAGUUGGAUAAGUAAUGCUGUCUCCCAAUAGGGCCUAAAACUGUUGAAGGGAUGUGCUCUGCUAGUGUUUUACUUCAGAAAGACAGACAUUCAUCCAUCAAUAGCAUACUGGUUAGGCAGGCAGGGUACUUAGACUCUGUCAAGGCACCUAAUCAUUGCCCCUUAGAUUUCUGACAAGGCAAUAGUUUCUAUCUUCAGACACUUCUUGUCAAUCUGCCUAGGUACUGCUGGUACUCCAGUAGGUUGCAAAGGAUUGCAUGGAUUUAGCUAAAAACGUGAUAAGAACUCCACCUAGCUUCCUUGUAGGGUACAUUGAGUUUCCACCAUGUGCUUCUCUCAAAUCUAGUGUGUGUCUUGGGUUGGAACCUAAGGGGUUGAUUGUGGAUUGGGUGUGUGCUAAGGGGUUGUUUUUUAUGUGACAUGCCCUUGCUUUCGGCAGGGUUUAUUUUGGAGUGCUCUGUAAUUGAAUGCAUGAGACUACUGCAUUUGUGUGUUGUCGUUGUCUGAAUUGUGACACUGAUUUGAACCAGUAGGGGGGGACAUAACCCACACAACCGUUUUAAAACUACUGAAGUGACUGCAAGCGGUACUUCCAUGUACACACUGUAUGUACGUAGUCAUUCUCUGGCUGUAUGAGUUUGCUUGCCUUAUCACUCUGUUCUAGAAUACAGGUUUGUUUUUUCCUGCUUUUUAAAACUAGAUUUCGUUUUUUCUUUCUUUGGAAUUGAAUCUGAAAUCUUAUUAGACAUCAUAUUGCAUUUCCUUAAGAGGCACCUCAGCCCCUCUGUAAGGCCUUAUGCUGUGAAGAGUGCUACUUGUGUUUUUAAUCUCUUCUGAAUUUCUCCUAUCUCAACGAGAGGCAUUUUAAUUGGUCAGUGAUAGCCAAAUAACAAUAACACUUCCUUGUCCCAGUCCUGCAGGACAUUGCUCAGUAGAGAAGGGGAAUUCCUCUGACAUUGUGUGUUUGGUAACUACCUAACUGAAGUCAUGUUGUCCCAACCCGUCUGUUCUUCCCUUACUAUCAGGCUGGUUACCUUCUCCACGGCAACAUGGCAAUUCCUUUUUUCUAUUCUGUUUUGCUACAGUUUGCACAGAAGAAAAGAUGGCACACACUGGAAACACAUUCUUGCUGUCAUGGCAACACUACUUGACAUUAUUUUAACCAGUGUUCAUAUUAUUUUGUAAUAUUUGUUUAUUUAUUGCUGUGUGUUUGGUAUCAGUGUUAUUGUGUACAGGAACUCUCAUUGUGAGAGAAUAUUCUACAUUAAUAUAUUUUGUGCCAAUUAUCAAUACUCCAC